AUGCCCCGAUCAAAUUCUGAACCUGUGGAAAUUGUGGAAAUUGGUGGAUAUAUUUGGAAAGAUGGCCAUUCGUUUUUUGGAAAUUUUCAAGGAAUUCAGUCUAAUGAAAGGGAUUGGAUUGAUGCCAAAAUUUUUGAUCCUGAUAGAUUUUUAAGAAAUAAUGAUAGUAUACGAUCAAAGAAUGCUGAUAUAGCCAAUAACAAGAGUGCAUUUGUGCCGUUUGGUGGGGGUGCUAAACUUUGGGCAGUGAUCGAAGUUAAAAUGUUUUUAGUAGCGCUCUUAACAAGGUAUGAUAUAGAAUUCGUAAACAAAAAUCAAGAAUUAGAAUUGUUUUGGAAGACUAGCAUUCAUUG